CUCGUUCCCCUCCCAUCUUUUCAGGAAGUCUCAGCAUCUCCCCAAGUAUCUCUUCCCUCUACUCCGAACCAUCCCAUCUCUACUCCCUCUCUCCCUCAGUCAAAUUCCUUCUCCAGUCUAAAUCCAAGUACUCCAAUCUCUUCCACUUCCCCGGUGCCUACCUCUCCUUCUCACUCUACCUGUCGCACCAGACAAUCUAAACGUUCCACUCCAUCUUCUACCAUCAUCUCCUACACCACUUUCCCAUGUUCCCUUAUUUCAUUCUCUGGAUUCUUCUCCUACUUCUACAUCUAUCGUUUCUUACCGUAUCACCCACUUAUUGUUUCACGAUAGCUCUUUUGCAGUUUCCUCGUACAAUAGUACUCACCCCUCCUCAGACUCCAUUUGAUCUGAUCGCCUUAGACCUCUAACCACAUCCCCAUUUACAAAUCUCCAUUGCAUUCCAUUAACUCCCCCUCUAUACCCUUUUCACUACCAUUCUCUCCCACAGCGUGCUACUGUUACGCUCAACGCAUUGAAUGCUCGCUUAGAGUAUUGCGUAUUGAAUGACAGAAUAGUGCCACAGUAAUCCUACUCGAAUUACCGAGAAGAAUGCCUGUUAGCGUAUAGUUUUUGUGUUAAUUGAUUAAUUAUACGCUUGUACAGAAAUAUGACAAUGUAUUGUUAAUUGUCAGAUUUACAUGUCGCUUAAGCACGCCACUCUAUUGCUGAUGAUUGUUUGGACUUGCAACCAUUGACAGUUAUUAGGCCUCUGUAUGGCAACGCUAGUGUGUGCAUGUAUACGCCAGGAGUGCGUAAGCAGUGACGGCUGGGCUGGCGGAGGGCAAGGCACUGUGCUGUGUGUGAGAUCACCCUCCUGACGGUGCUAUAGUUUAAAAGCAUCUGGAGAGUGCACUAAAGUAGCUCCGGCUAAGAUGAGUCAAGUUACUAUUAGACGAGCUAGCAGAUCUGACUGUGGGGCACUUUAUGAACUAGUAAGAGAAAGACUUGAUUCUCGUGGUGCAAGAAUUUCUCAUAGUGUAUCCAUUGAAGGAUUAGAAGAUCUUUUUGGUUCAAGUUCUACCUUCAAUUUUUUGGUUGCUGAGGAGAAAGGCAGCUUGGUUGGCUAUGUCCUUCAUUAUUAUUGCUACUCCUGGGAAGGACGCACUAUCUGUGUGGAGGACUUGCAUGUUAAACGGAAUGAAGAGUGGGACACUAUAGCUCGGGUAUUAUGGAGGAACUUGGUUAAGAUUGCUCUGGAAGAAGGAUGUAAACAGUGUAACUUUCCUCCUUUAAGAGAAAAUGAAUAUGAGUUUUAUCAUGACAAAGCAAUAAAUAUGACUAAAACUAAUGGAUAUCGGUACUUCAGGAUGGAACAAGAAGCUAUGGAGAAAUUUGCUAAGAUGAACAAGAUACCAGAGGGUGUUAAGGUAAGAGAAGCAACUUCAGCUGACUGUACUGGCAUUAAUCAGUUGAUAAAGGACUUAGCUGAGUAUGAAAAUGUGCCAGACAAGCCUCAGAUUGAUGCCAAGGCACUGGAAGAUGAUGGUUUUGGAGAUAAAGUGUUCUAUAAGUGUUUUGUAGCAGAAUAUGAAGAUCACCUCAUAGGAUACACACUCUUUUUCCAUACAUAUAACUGGAUGGGUCGAGGUGUGUAUAUGGAAGACCUUUAUGUGGCACCUUCAUACCGUGGGAAAGGUAUUGGUACAGCACUGUGGAAGCAAGUGUUAGAGGCUUGUCUGGCAGUACAGGGAAUCAGGUGUGACUUCUGUGUACUUGGCUGGAAUAAGCCUAGUAUCAUGUUUUACAAAGGGAAAGGUGCUAAAGACAUGACAGAAGACAUUGGCUUUACUUAUUGUUUAAUGCCCAAGAUAACAAUGGAGGAUUUUUUGCAAUGAUAUGCUCUGAAAUCAGACUAGUGUAAUUGCUGAAGUUGAUUCAAGUUGGGCAAUAUGUGUAAUGGUUCAUAAUUCGUUACUUUUCUUGUGGAAAAAGGAAUUUUCUUUUUCUGCUUUUGUUUUUACUAAAAUGUGAAUUAGGAAAUAAGUUAGUAAAAUAUUUUAAGAAACUUAUAGUUAUGACUUAUGAUGCACUUUCAGUGUAUGGAAUAAUAUAUGUAUAUAUAUGUACAUAUGUAUAUAUAUGUAUAUAUAUAUGUUUAUAUAUGUAUAUGUA